AUGGCCGCCUCCACCUUAGGGGGUUGUGGGGCUGCCAUGGCUUUGGCCCAGAGCUUCCGAGCCGCCAGGGCGCUGUUCCCUGCACCUGCUUCUGUGGCCUGCGGGGUCCGCGCGGGGCCCGGCCGGCAGCAGAGCACUGGGCCUUCCAAGCCCGGCGAGUUCCGGCCGCCGCCGAAACCGGUCAUUGUGGAUAAGCGCCGACCCCCGGAGCAGGACAGGAGGUUCUUGAGUCCUGAAUUCAUUCCUCCCAGGGGAAGAACAAAUCCUCUGAAAUUUCAAGUAGAAAGAAGAGAUAUGUUAGAAAGGAGAAAAGUACUCCACAUUCCAGAGUUCUAUGUUGGAAGCAUACUACGUGUUACUACAGCUGACCCAUAUGCCAGUGGAAAAAUCAGCCAGUUUCUGGGGAUUUGCAUCCAUAGAUCAGGAAAAGGACUUGGAGCUACCUUUAUUCUUAGGAAUACUAUUGAAGGACAAGGUGUUGAGAUUUGCUUUGAACUGUAUAAUCCUCGAAUCCAUGAGAUCCAAGUGAUCAAAUUAGAGAAACGGCUGGAUGAUAGUUUGCUUUACUUACGAGAUGCCCUUCCUGAAUACAGCACUUUUGAUAUGAAUAUGAAGCCAGUAACACUAGAGUCUAGCAAAGAAAUUCCUGUUAAUAUGCUCAAAGUUAAAAUGAAGCCUAAGCCUUGGUCCAAACGCUGGGAACGUCCAUCUUUUAAUAUUAAAGGAAUCAGAUUUGAUCUUUGUUUAACUGAAGAACAGAUGAAAGAAGCUCAGAAGUGGAGUCAACCAUGGCUUGAGUUUGAUAUGAUGAGGGAAUAUGACACUUCCAAAAUUGAAGCUGCAAUAUGGGAAGAAAUUGAAGCAUCAAAAAAGUCCUGAUUCUGAGAAAUCAUUUGUUUACUUGCUAAAGAUGUAUUGGUUGCCAGAGGAUUUAUUUUAAAUCCAAUUUGAUUUAUGAGAGAGAGUUACUAACUAAGCAUUUAUUAUUUUAGUAUGUUAAAAAUAAAACUUGCACACCAGUUUAGUACUCUAAGAAGAGAAAUGUAUAUGCCAAAUGGCCCUAUGUUCCUUUCUUAACUGGAAACAAAGCUACAGUGGAAGUCAGAGCAGUACCAGAAUGUUCUUUAUGGAGCAUGGAAGGGCAAAGGGAGUGGAUGGGAUUUUUUUAAAUUGUGAAGCAAAUCAUUAAUAUGAUAUUGUAUGAUUUAAAGAAUAAUAAAAUGAACAUUAUGUACUCACUGUUAA